GUGCCGCGCCGCUCCGCCUUCCACUCCUCCUUGUGCUGGGAAACCAAUAGACGCCGGGGAUGUUAGCGGCUGGGAGGUGGCCGUGUUGCUACAGCAGCGGCCGUGAGCCGGAGUCUGGCAGGGAGCGCCAUGGAAGAGCAGGAGGAUUCUGGAGAUGCACAACAGCCUGAAGAAUUAUUACCAUGUCGGAUUUGUGGAAGGACUUUUUUUCCAGCUGCAUUAAAAAAGCAUGCUCCCAUUUGCCAAAAAACUGGUACUAAAAGAAGGAAAGCAUUUGACUCUAGCAGACAGAGAGCAGAGGGAACUGAUAUUUCUACAGUAAAACCUAUGAAACCACGGCCAGAACCUCCAAAGAAACCAUCAAACUGGAGACGAAAGCACGAGGAGCUCAUAGCAGCUAUAAGAGCAGCCAAAGGAGUAGAUCAGGUUCUUAAAGAAGGUGGAAAAUUGCCACCACCACCACCUCCUUCUUAUGAUCCUGAUUAUAUUCAGUGCCCAUACUGCCAGAGACGAUUUAAUCAAAAUGCAGCUGAUCGACAUAUCAAUUUCUGCAAAGAACAGGCAGCACGUAUUGCCAAUAAAGGGAAAGUAGUUAGUGAAGUAAAAGGGAAGCUUCCAGCUAGAAUACAGUACAAGACACCAACAGUUAAGAAGAUACCUUCUGCAGGGAUAACAUCACCAGCCUUAUCACGCUUACCACAACCAAGUUCCUCUGCAAAUAAAACACUGUCUCCAGGUGGACAAAUAGGAAACAAAAUCCAGAGUUCUCCAGCUCAUAAAAACAUAAUGAAAGCGAGUCCACAAAUAGGGGGGCCCAUGAAACCAUGGAUGGGAGCAUCUACUAAUAUGACACGAAGCACUGGUCCGGGUAUGAUGGCAAACAAAAGAAAAGCAUUUGGUACUGAAACCUAUUCAACCAGAGCUGGAUUCGACAGUGGAGACUGUUCAUCUGUCAAUGGAGGAAGUUCAAAAAGCAGUGAGGGAAAUUCUCUUGCACAGUUACCAAAAUUCUGUUAUGAAUGUGGUACCAAAUAUCCAAUUGAAUCUGCAAAAUACUGCUGUGAAUGUGGCGUUCGAAGAAUGAUUUUGUGAAUACACCUCUAAUGUAAAAUGAUAGAAUUCUUGCUAAGGCUGUAUGAAAAUCUCUGCUACACGUUCCCACCAGGACUUGCGCUAAGACACCAUACUAAUGUUCUGGGUAAUUAUUUUUUGUUGUGAAAUAAUAUAUAUAUAGAUAUAUAAAUAUAUUGUAUAUAAAUGGUAUGAUACCUAAAACUGUGCCAUUCAAGAUAGUAUACUUGAAAUAUUGUUGGAGAAUAUUUAAUGGAUCAAAAGUUUAACUCAAGCGCUAAGGGUUUUUGUAAUAGAUACAUAUUAAUGUUCUUAUUCAUUUGUAGUUUUUGCUCUGAAUCAUUUGAUCUAAAGAACAUGUUCCAGUAGAAAAUAUAUUAUACAUGGAAAUACUGAUACUUGGUUGAUAACCUAAAUGAUAGCUUGUUGGUUGACAGUCAUAAAUUUUAUUGUUUGAAUAUAUUUAAUGCAAAUUGAAAUUACUAGUUUCAAAUGUAUUAUUAUAGUUAACUAAUUGGCAUUUUACCCUUUUUCUUGUUCCAAAAGGCUAUAACAAGUUUUUGUGCACAGAUAUUUUUCUAUGUGAAAAACUUCUCAUGUGUUUCAUACAAAAAGAUUGAGUUGCUAAUAAAUUAAUUAAAUUACCAAAUAUAAUUUAAUCAUGUUCUUAGGAUCAACUUCUUUUCCUGAAAAACAGGGCUGUGUUUAAUUUUAAGACCUUGGCCAACAUGAUCUAAGUUAAUUUCCCACUUGAUUGACUAAUGUAUCAACAAAAAAACAUUGAAUAUUUUAUAAUAAUUAUGACACACUAGAGUUUCAGAAAAAUGAUAACCCAAUCAUGAUUUUUCUUUUUCCUAUUACUUUGACCUGACCAUUAUAAUUUCUUACAGUCUUCUCAAACACUCAACUACAUUAGUAUUAAGUUACUUUUUUUUAGUAAAUCUCCAUUUCCAUAGCAAUUUUUUUUACUACAAAAACAUUUAUUUGUGCAUUUCCCAAAAUUAAUCCAUUAAUCCAUCAAUUUUUAAUCCAUGCCAAUUUGCAAUUUUUACCUCAGUGAUGUAGGAUUGUUGCUUUAUUUUUAAUGCUAUCUUUAUUCUAGUCAAAACCUGCUUGCUAUGACAGAUGACAAUUAAAAAUGCAUUUGAGCAAGAUUUGUCCCCAUUUUUCAGUAUAUUGGCUAAUGGCAAACUGCAAUUUUUAAGUAAAAGAAUUGACAGGUUAAUUGGUAUAGAAUUGAAUUUAUAUCUUAGAAUGCUCUUUAAAAAGCAUACAUGUAGUAUUCUAAUUUUGUAUUGUUACCUAAUUUUAUGUAUAUUAGUAAAAAUCAAUCUUUAAUAUCUUAAUGUAGAUUAGCAUUUUUGUUUUUUUAUUUAAAAUACUGGUAUGGUGGAGCUUACAUUACAAAAAUUCAGAAUGCACUACAGUUCUUCCUUGGUCUAUUGGGACUUUGUGGAUUCUACUCUGCUUUGCCUAUUAACUGUUAGUGUAACAAUAUGUGUCUUAAUCACUAAAGAACCCACUUUUUUUGUAUAAAGCUUUUCACAUGUUCCUGCAGGUGCUUUAUUACAUCUUAUUAUUGCAUCUGUUUGAUAUGUUUAAUAUAAUGAAUCUGGUCUUUGUAACUAGAGCAGUAGUCUAAUUUCUACUAAAUAGCUACGUGAGCAUUAUUCUGAUUAGGUACAUUUUGUUUUCCUAAAUGUUCUUUAAGAACAAAAGCAUUGUAUAAAUGCUUGUUCUAUGUUACCUAGAAUUUUGUUAAUAAAACUUUUAUUGUGUA